AUGGGAGGCAAGAAAGGCAACAAAGCGAAGAAAAACGUUGGCAUGGCUCAGGAGACAGACGUACCUGACCUACCUCUGAAGGAGCCUGCUGUUACCGGAAAGCUUCCACUAAAUCUCGCCUCAGCGCCUUCGUCUGGGCCUUUCGAAGCCUUCAUCGAGCAGCAGGUUGCUGCUGAUCAGGAUGCUGAUGCAACCAAGAAAAGCACUGACGACAAUGGUGAACUUGCUGAAGGAGAGGCACGUGAAGAAGGGGACGCUAAGGACACGGCUGAUGAUGACGCGCGGUCAACGGAUGCCCCUGCCGAUGACGACGACGACGGUUACCUGAGUGAUGACAGCGACGAUCACCUGGAGCCGGACUGUCUUAACAGCAUUAUUGCUUUAAAGCGAUUCACACUAACCCUGUUGGUGCCGAUUGCCAGGAAAGUGGAGGUUAAGCGCGCGGCUCAAACAGUUGCUGCCAUGCUGGAUGAAUGGAAGGAAUUAUUAACGCCAGACGCGCUGCUGACCACAGCUUACCAGGACCUCGCUCCGAUGCUCCUGGCGGUGGUCGUUCGCUGGGGAGGCCUGGAGUUCCUGUUGAUCGCAGCAUACAUCCCGGCUCAGGUGGUGAAUAGGAGCAGCUUUUACAGAGACAGCCUGGAGCCGUUUCUGCAGUCCUUGCCGAGUUUCCACCAUAUUUUGGUGAUGGGGGACCUCAAUGUGGUCGAGGACCCGGACUUGGACCGCACAUCGCACUCCGGCUCCUCGGCAGAGAAUCAAAGGCUUCUGAGCUGCUGGGGGAACACGGAUUUGAGGGAUGCUUUCAGGCACUUACAUCCGGACAAGAGGGAGUACACGUUCUUUGCUAAAGCAACAAGGUCCAGCUGGAGAAUCGACAGGGCGCUGAUAUCUCAGCCGCUGCUGUUGCGAUUGGUGGAAGCGAAGCAUGUGGCGAUCAUGAAUGGGAUGACGGACCACUGGCGCGGAAUAGGAGUGGUGCUGGAAUCUGCAGACACGGUCAAGAAAGGGCCGGGCAUUUGGAGGUUGAGGGCGGAGCAAACGAAAAAACAGGGAGUCAGAAAAAUCAUUAAGAAGAUCAUCGAGGAAUCCGCUGGUGAACCUGCUGACCGGCUGCUAGGAAGGAAAGAGGAGUUGCUGGAAGCGUACGAAAAAAGUCACAAGGAGAAACUGCAGACUUGGGCAUGCGUCGAAGCAGAGCUGGAUGGGGAGGUGGCAUCGGGAUUCCUUUCUGCGCAAAUCAAAGCACGCAAGGCAGGGACGGAGAUCCGCGAAGUAUCAAGAAAUGGGAGUGUCUUCUCAGGGGUGAAGGAAGUUCUCUCGGCGGCAACCGAUCACUUCCGAGAAGCCUUCGGAUGUUCGGAUGGAGGCGCUUUACGUGUAACGAUUGACCGUACCAUGCAGCGGCAGCUGGGAGAGAAGAGCAAGGUUUCGCUGGGGGCACCCUGGGCGGAGGAAGAGGUGCGGAAGGCAGUUCGGGAGCUCGCCCCGGGGAAAUCGCCUAGAGCAGAUGGCCUGCCCAAGGAGCUCUUCGACCAUAACUGGGAUUUGCUGGGGCCGAUCUUGAUGGACCUGGUGGGGAGGUUUACAAGGGGAGAGGACCUGCCGCAAAACAUCACCACAGCGGUGACCAUUCUGCUGCACAAAAAGGGUGACAAAAGUGACCUCGGGAACUACCGACCGAUAACGCUUCUAAGCACCGUGUACAAGAUCUUAGCAAAGGUGAUGGCGAGCAGGCUCAAGACUGCUCUGCACGAGGUCAUAUCGGAGGACCAGUACGGCUUCAUACCUGGUCGUCAGUUGGCGGACGCGGUGGCGGUGGUGGCAGACGCCAUAGAUGCGGGGGCAAGCGGGAAGGAGGACUGGUUCUUGCUGAUGGUCGACUUCCAAAAGGCGUUUGACUCAAUCUCGCGUGACUUCCUCUUCAGCACCCUGCGGAAGUUGGGCCUACCGGAGAACUUCGUGUCCUGGACGGAGGGGUUGCACAAAGGAGCAGGUACACGUUUGCACAUUAACGGGUGGACAGGUGAAAAGGUAGCGGUGGAAAAGGGGGUGCGCCAAGGAUGUUCGCUGGCGCCGUACCUGUUCCUCUGCGCGGUGGAGCCGUUAUGCCAAGAGAUCAACCGAAAAAAGCUGGGAAUCGGAAAGAAGGGUGUGGGCAAGCUGGCGUACCUGGGUUACGCCGAUGACACCUCACUCCUACUGCAGGGUGCGGAGCAGCUCCAGACGGCGUCUAAGGUGCUGUCGGAUUUCGGGGAGGAGUCGGGCCUGAAGGUGAACGAAGGGAAAACAGUGAUAUUUCCGCUGGGGAAAAACCGGGGAAAGCCGGCACCGCACGGGGUGAGAUACAAGUGGGCGGGUAAAGACGACCCGGAGCGUCUGCUGGGGGUCUGGAUCACGCCAAGUGGGAACCCAGCCCCUUCCUGGAACAAGGCGCUGGACAGGGCAAGGGGGGAGUUAGCGAAGUGGGAAAUGAGGCACUUGACCACGACAUCACGCGUGACAAUAAUCAACAGCUACAUUGUGCCGGUCUUCCUCUUCCAGGCACAAGUAUACCUACCGCCGGAGGCCAUUUGGAAGAGGAUUCACAAAUUAUGCCACACCUUUGUCUCGAAGGGUGAAACGGCCGAGGAGAAGCGUUUCAUACUCUGGAACUACAAGCUGGCAUGCACGCCUCGGGAGGACGGGGGGCUGGGGCUGAUUUUCCCGGAGCUGAGAGUCAACAGCAUCGCUAUCCGGAACGUCUGCCGACUGGUGCUGAUGCCGGACUCUGUCAAAAAAUGGUUGGCGGUGAAGGCUGCGGAAUUCCCCCUGGGACUGGACACCGUCUUCGCGCACAAGUCCGUGCUGGAUCACUGGGUGAAAGGAAGCGCACGAUGGAAGGAGCUGACUGAGAAAUUCUGGGGCUCGCCGCUGUGCAAACCGCAAACACCGACAAACCGCUGGGAGGUGGAGCAGGAGCAUCUGGCUUUCAAUCCAAAUAUCCCCUACAGUGGUGCAAGCCCUUUCGGGAACCAGAAGGGGGCUUUGGUGCUGCUGGGCAUCCGCGUGGGUGACCUGAUUAAGAAGGCAGGCGACGGAACGUGCGUACUCAAAGGGUUAGCGGAGCUGACGAGGGAGAUGGGGAACAGAGACAAAGCGAAAUGGGCGCUGAGAGCUUUUAAAGCGACACCGGCGCGCUGGAAGGAGAUGGUAUUAACAAAACUGACAGGCGAGGAGAUUGUGGCCAAGGUGAAGCUGCUACGGUCGGGUGAUGGCGCGACUAGAAACUUCACCUACUGGCAGAUCGAGGAGGCGAAGGGGGAUAAAGUGACGGGGAGGCUAUGCACCGUUGAGGAUGGCAGAAGGUUCGCACCUUACGAGAGGUGCCUUACGUUGGAUUACGGUCUACGCAGCGGUGUACCGAUGUUCACGGAGGGUUGUGUAUUUCUGGGGGCCAUGGGUGACGCGCAUACGAGAAUGCUGCUAUUAGAGGCAU